AUGGCGUUGUUCAUGUGUUUUUUUUUUUUAUCAAAAUACCCCAAAAAUUUCGACCGGCCCAGCGGUGGCGAAACGAGAUGCAGCAACGGGAUGCGCACAGCCGAGAGCUACGGGCUCCUUGAGGGCCACACCUUCCCUCCCGUCGGCAAGCUGCGAGGGCGAUGGUGGCGGGGAUGUCUCCAGACUCCAGAGGGCAGAGACGGAGGAGUAGGCACCGGCGGCAGCGGCGUCCGUGGCAUGGAUGCUUCGCUGGGCAAGCAGGCACGGACGGCGGCAGCAGCCUCUCUGGACGCCAUGGUCCAGGGCCGAUGCCUCGCGUGGUCGUUGGACGCCAAGGAAGGGAUGCGGAGCGGGGAGGACAGGAGUUGCCGUUGCCGUGUUCCAUUGGCUAUGUUUAGCCAAACAAUAAUUUACAUGGGAACGAUAUUCCGGUUGUUUCCUCGUGCACAAGAAAUUACAUCCGAAAGCAAAUUGCAGGCAACAAACUCUCGCCCAACUCUGUAUAAAUGGAUGUCCCAGCUGCUGGUAAGAACUCGCACGAAGCAAGCAAGCCUUGGCGCCAGGAUACUUCAAUUCAUGGACUAUGGCAAACCGCUCGUGAAGAGUGAGCUCAAACUCUCCCUAAAUCCUCCUCCUUGCGCCGAAGACAACCCCACUCCCACCGGAGCCUCCUCCGAUGGCUCGUCAUCCUGCGCCUCGGCCGUUGCCCUGUCCUUUCUCGGGCUCAACAGCGUGAUAGCCAUCUACCACUCGAGACACGAUCCCCGGUCCAUACUAUUUGUAACCGUCUCCUUCUUUUGCGUCGUCUUUCUCUUCCACCUGCUUCGUGUGUUCGAGAGAAUGCCCCCGGAAUCGCCCAGGAGGUUGCAGGUGAAGGCGGCAGUAUGGGCCCUCACCACCACCCUGACGGUCAUGUUUUCCGGCAGAGUUGCCCCGUUGAUGCCUGCGCCUGUCGCCGCCGUCGUGUGGUCGAUGGCCGCGGUGACCAUCCUUGCGGGCUUCUACUUGUUCUUCGUAUGCCCGGACGCCGCCUCCACCGCCGCCGACGAGAAGCCGGCCUGCAAGGUUGGCGAAGGCCCGUAG